AUGACUCUCCCCAUGCUUCUCGUCCAGACCUUCCUCGCCGCCAGCGGCAUUCUUGUCCUCCUCCCACGUGUACCACCGGCCGUCAGCGCCCAGUAUACCAACUGGACGCAGCUCCCGGCCUGCGCGCAGACGUGCUUCAGCACCUCGCUCCUCCAGGCCUUUGGGUCGUGCGGCUCCAUCCUCUCCAGCAGCGGCAGCGGCGGCGGCAACGGAGGCAAUAAUGCCACCACCACGGGCGCCGACGCCGCGGAUGAGCCGCCUUCCGCGAGGCUGCGCCGAUGCAUCUGCACGGACUGCUCGUACCGCGCGGCCCUGGGCGCGUGCUUGGACGGCGGGUGCGCAGCGGGCGCCGGCGACGAUGGCGACGGUGACGGUGCGGGUGAUGACCACGUCGAUGGGAGCUUGGCGCUGAAUGAUCGCGUGUUCUGCAACAAGAGCGUCGAGGCGAGCGUGCAGAUGUGGGACCGCAACUUGGUCUGGGUGGUCGGGCAAGAUUCCCCUGCGAGAUCUGCGUCGGCGGACGCGACGCGGGGCGGCGUUUGGACUUGUUCCGGGACGUCGAGUGCGAGCACGAGUACGGCGAUCAGUGGAAGCAGCUCGUCGACGAGUGAGGUCUCUGCAACGGCGAUGCACACGACGACCGUCACGGCAACGCUGACACUGGUCACCACUUCUCCCUAUCAGGCCACCGUCGAGCCCGGCCCCGGGUUGACCAUUUCUUCGGACAAGUCGACUUCGAUAUCACCACCACCAUCCCCAUCAACGUCUCUGGGCAAUUCUUCACGCUCCAUGGUCGUCACGCCAACGACGCCUGCGCUGUCGCCGAGCUCGACGACAUCCUCUUCAACCACGUCGGCAAGCGGCAUCCUCGUUCCUACGACGGGAACGAAUCGUGCAGAGCGACCCAUUCCGCCAUUCGAGCUCGGCAUGCUUCUGGGACUGGCUGUGGCUGGCCUUCUGCUGUGA